AUGUUUGUCACAUUGAAGUAUCGAAAUAUCAAAAAAGAGCCAGGACUAGAUGAAAAUAGACUAAAUAUUGAUUUAAAUCAAUUUUCACUACCUGAAGAAUAUAAAACUUCAGAAUCUACAAAUUAUUUUGAUAAUGAUUAUUUCAAUUCAAAUGAUAGCAUUUAUAUUGAAGAACAAAUAAAUAAUGAUCAAACAACCAAUUCACCAACUCCAGAAUCAUCAGUACCAUCAUCACCUAAGAACAAAUUCCCACAGUUUUCAAAUUCUCAAACACCAAUUGCUGAGCCAAAAAGAAAUAAUUUAUUCGUAUCUAUUAAAACAACUCCAAAAAAAUUACAACUUACUCCUUCCAAAAUUGUCAAGCUUCAGUAUUCAAGUAAGAAGAAAAGUCAUUCAAAAAGUAAUUCAAUAUUAUCACCAAGUAGAAAUGACACUCUGUUGGAGACUAAUAAUAUAACAACCACUAAAAUAAAUAAUCAACACGAUGAAGCACAAAAUGAACCUCCAUCAAUAGAACUACCUCAAAUCAAUAAUAACAAUUCCUCAACACCAAUUAAUAAUGAGACACCAACAUCAUCGUCACUACCCUCAAUUGUACAACCACAACCGAUAAAAAGCAAAGAGGCAACGAUUAAUUUGAUCACUGAAUUAGACGAUGAUGAUUUAGAUCAAGAAAUGGAGAAUAUAGAAGAAAUAGUAGAAGAAGUGCAAGAAAUACCAGAAACAACACCAGUGGCUGCAACCCAAAGUCCACAAGACAUUCAAUACCAGCAAGCUCAUCAAAUGAGUCAAACUGCAACACCUAAAACCAACAUAAACCCGAAACCAAAACCAACAAAACCAAAAUCCAUUUCAGAAUCAUUAGAGCUGAUAUCAAAAUACAAUGAAUUCAAAAAGAAGCUAGAUUCAAACGGAGAAGAUCCAAAGGAAAUUUCAUCAUUACUAGAUUAUCAAAAUUUAGAAAUUAAUUGGUUGCAGAACACAAUAAAUGUAGCAAAUCGACUACAUGAAUUAAAAGAUAUUUACAAAUUAAUUCAAUCGAUUAAAGAAGAAAAAAAGAAAGAUAAAAGAAAUAACAUAAGCAAUAAUGAUAAGAAUAAUGAAAGUGAUGCAGAUAGUAUAAUGGAGGUAGAUCAGGAUAAUGAUGUUGAUUUAUAG